AUGGUUCGUUCAAAAUUAUUAGUGAUUGCGGCUUUUGUCGUUGUAGUUUCGGCAUAUGAUCCUUCAGCAGUGGAAGUUGUUCAAAGUAUUUACAACAGUUGUUUGCGAGAUUUUUCAGUGAGUUGUGCGAAACCGAAAGCUCUACAAUGGAUUAGUGAAGUUGCUGAUAAAAAAGAAAUUAGGAUUACUGAAGAUUUAGUUUUGGUUAAAAAGGAUAUAUCAAUUAAUGACAUUGAGAACGGACGUGGUCUCGAAGAAGAUAUUUUUGAAAACUUUGAAGACUUCCUACAAACACAUGAAUUAGUCGCCAAGCCGCCAGCACUUUUGAAACCUGAAGGACCAUUGGGAGAUUUACUCCCAAGAUCUUUCCAAGCUGAAGAACUCAAAGUUCCUUUAGCCUCUACUGGACGCUCAUCGAAAAUCGUCAAAAAAGUGAUUCUCCCUUUCCUGUUGGGUCUUAAAUUCAAGACUGCCGUUCUUGUACCUCUUGCCCUGGCGCUGAUUGCUCUUAAAACAUGGAAAGCUUUAACUUUGGGGCUUUUGUCUAUGGUUCUUACUGGAGCAUUACUUAUUUUCAAGUUAACCAAACCAAAGACUGUGAGUUAUGAAGUUCUUCACUAUCCACAACACGUCGAUCAUAUCGUGGACCAUCCUCCAGUAUCUGGCUGGGACCAUCCUGCAUACGCAAGACAAUUUAAUGGUCAAGAAAUAGCCUAUAACGCACACGUUUCUGAAUAA